GGGGCGCGGGCUGGAAUGCGCGUUGAGGUCAGAGGGCGCGCAGUGGGGGCCGGCGAGGUCCAGGGGAGGGCUCCCGGGCCGAGCUGAGGCUGGUCGCCGCGGCCCUGCUACGCCUCGGGUGUCUCAUGUGUGUGACUGUCCUGGGAGACAUGGAGAACUGUUUGGCGGCGGCGGUGCUGAACGGGGUGGACGGACGUUCCCUGCAGCGCUCCGCCAGGCUGGGUCUGGAAGUGCUGGAGAGGGCCAAGAGGAGGGCGGUGGACUGGCCUGCCCAGGAGCGCCCCGGACGCUUUUCCCGGGAGCCAGCCCCUGGUCCCCACUGCCUUCUCCCCGGGGAGAGAGAAGAAAGGCAACCAACCCUUAGUUCUUCCUUCAGAACAAUGGCUGAAUUCAUGGACUAUGCCUCAAGUCAGUGUGGGAAAUAUUAUUCGUCUAAGCCAGAGGAAGGAGGGGCAACCCAUGUCUUUCGUUAUCAUAGAGGAAAGUCGGAGUUGCACCUGUGUGCAGAUGUAGAUCAUGGUCGGAUGAAGGACAGAGAAAAGCCAUCCCUUCACGAAGAAGGCAUCUAUCAAACAUCAGACCUUGCUUCAGAAGCAUCCCAUCUGGCUGGGGACAUCUCUAAGGACCUCUACAUAGAAGUAUAUCCAGGAAUCUAUUCUGUCACUGUGGGCUCAAAUGCCUUAACUAAGAAGACUCAUGUGGUAGCGGUUGAUUCAGGACAAAGUGUGGACUUGGUCUUCCCUGUGUGAUGCUGCCAUCACAUCAUUCUUUGUUACAAAGCAAGAAGAAUAAAUCCACCAUACGAUUCUCAUUAGGACAACCUAUUAGGCCCAUUUUUAGUGUUGACUCUAGAGGAUCAGCCUUCCUGGGACCUAGAGUCUUUCAGUGCCCAUUUUAACCCCGUCCACAUUUGCCUGUAAACAAUAAUGUGAUAAUGCUGUCUGAAGAGUUUUACUGCUGGCUAAGUAAAGAUUAAUUAUGGUAAUAAAAGGAGAAAUUUGGAAACAA